GGGCUUUAACAUAAAUAUAAAAUAGUAAACAAGAACGAAAAAAAAAGAAUUUAAAUGAAAUCAUUUAAAUUUCUAAUACUAAUUGUUCUAUCAAUAUCUACGAGUCAUGCAUUUUAUGUACCGGGUAUUGCACCACGUGAAUUUUCACGAGGAAGUAAAAUAGAGGUGAAAGCAGUAAAGAUGACAUCAACACGAACGCAGCUACCAUAUGAAUAUUAUUCACUUCAAUUUUGUUUACCAAAAAAUGGAACACUUCAUUUUAAAUCAGAAAAUCUUGGAGAAGUUCUUCGUGGCGACAGGAUCGUGAAUACUCCAUAUGAAGUGAAAAUGGACGAAGACGUUAAUUGUAAACUUCUGUGCAAUACUGUAUCAACGCCUCUGAAUUGGGAUAUUCAACAGUCAAAGAAAGUUGCUGAACGUAUAGAACAUGAAUAUUUUGUUCAUCUUUUAGUUGACAAUCUUCCAGUUGCAACGAGAAUCAUCAAUCCUGAUACAAUGGAACUUCAAUAUGAACAUGGCUAUCGUCUUGGAAUGGUGAGCAAAGGAGAUCCCUACAUCAACAAUCAUUUGAAGUUUGUUUUGUCGUAUCACGCUCAUAGCAAAGAUCAAUAUCGGGUUGUAGGAUUUGAAGUUGAAACACUUUCAGUUGAUUUAGCUGAAAUAAAAUUCGAGGGUGAAGAAUGUAAUUUUCCUGAUAAUCCAAAACCUCAACGUGUCAAUCGUGAUGGACAUACGUCGCUCUUUUUUACUUAUUCCGUUGUAUGGAAAGAAUCACAAGUAAAAUGGGCUUCGCGUUGGGAUUAUUUGCUUGGCAUGAAUGAUGUUCAAAUUCAUUGGUUCAGCAUCAUCAACAGUCUUAUUGUCGUCUUCUUUCUCUCAGGAAUACUAACAAUGAUUAUGGUACGAACAUUACGAAGAGAUAUUGCCAAAUACAAUACAGAUGAUAGUUUCGAAGAUACUCUUGAAGAAACAGGAUGGAAAUUAGUCCAUGGAGAUGUUUUUCGUUCACCUCGUCAUCCUCGAUUAUUUGCUGCAAUCAUAGGAACAGGAAUUCAAAUAUUCUUCAUGGCAUUCAUCACAAUUUUCGUUGCUAUGUUGGGAAUGUUAAGUCCAUCAUCACGUGGAGCAUUAAUGACAGCAUCAAUUAUGCUUUUUGUGUUCAUGGGACUUAUUGCUGGUUAUUUCUCUGCUCGAUUGUACAAGACAAUGAAAGGAAAAGAUUGGAAACGAACAGCACUUUUGACGGCAACACUUUUCCCUGGAAUCGUUUUCACAACAUGUUUCUUUUUAAAUUUCUUUAUUUGGAGACGUGGAUCGUCUGGGGCCGUGCCGUUUGGAACAAUGGUUGGACUUCUGUUGUUGUGGUUUGGAAUCUCAUUACCACUUGUCUACCUGGGUUAUUAUUUUGGAUACAGAAAGCAAGGAUAUCAACAUCCUGUAAGAACAAACAUGAUUCCCAGACAAAUUCCUAAGCAACAAUGGUACAUGAACAUCAUCAUGUGUACAUUAAUGGCAGGGAUUUUGCCAUUUGGAGCUGUUUUCAUUGAAUUAUUUUUUGUGUUCAGUGCCAUUUGGCAGAAUCAGUUUUACUAUCUCUUCGGAUUUCUAUUUCUUGUGUUUUGUAUUCUCGUCGUUUCGUGCGGCCAACUUUCAAUUGUGAUGACAUACUUUCAACUAUGUGGUGAAGACUAUCGGUGGCAUUGGAGAUCUUUCAUUGUCUCUGGUGGAAGUGCCAUUUAUAUUCUCUUCUAUAGCAUCUUUUAUUUCUUCAUCAAACUCGAAAUCAGCGAGUUCAUUCCCACAAUGUUGUAUUUUGGAUACACUGGUAUAAAGUUUAGUAGUUGUGCAAGAAACGUCGAGAUAAUGAAAUAUUUAUGUGUUGCCGAAAAAAAUGAUGCCGCUAAAACUAUUUCUGGAUUUCUUUCGCGUGGUAAUUCACAAAGAAGAGAAGGAUAUUCACCAUACAACAAAAUUUAUGAGUUUGAAAUGGAUUUUCGUGGUUCUAAAGCUAAAAUAGUUUUUACAUCGGUGUCCGGUCAUUUACUGACUUAUGAAUUUAGUAGUGCAUAUAAGAAUUGGCAAAGUUGUAAUCCAGAACAGUUGUUUGAAGCUCCAGUUAUUAAGUCAUGUCCUGAAAAUUACCAGAAAAUCAAACAAACACUCGAACGUGAAAUCAGAACAUGCAACGGACUCAUCAUUUGGACUGAUUGUGAUCGAGAAGGAGAAAAUAUUGGAUUUGAAAUCAUCGACGUAUGUCGUUUUGUGAAGCCAAGUAUUACUGUUCAAAGAGCAAAAUUCUCUGACAUGACAUCAACGUCAAUUUUCAGAGCAAUGAAUAAUUUAGUUCAACCUGAUGAGCGAAUAAAUCACGCUGUGAAUGUUCGAAGUGAACUUGACCUUCGCAUUGGCGCUGCUUUUACAAGAUUUCAAACUUUACGUCUUCAGAAGGUCUUUCCAGCGAAUAUCGACAGUCUCGUUAGUUAUGGAUCAUGUCAAAUUCCUACAUUAGGUUUUGUAGCUCAACGAUACAAAGAAAUUGAGAAUUUCAUUCCAAAACCAUUUUGGAAGAUAAAAAUGUCACAUAAAAUCAAUCAACUGAAUGUUGAAUUCAACUGGUCACGAAACAGACUUUUCGAUAAAUCAUGUUGUGAAGCUUUUUUAAUGUUAUGUCAAGCAGACGGUCAAGCAACAGUAACAAAUGUUCAACAGAAACCAAAAAGUAAAUGGCGACCUCAACCUAUGGAUACAAUCGAGUUAGAGAAGACUGGAUCGCGUAAAUUAAAACUUUCAGCUAAAACAAUCAUGACAAUUGCAGAGAAGCUUUACACGCAAGGUUACAUCAGUUACCCUCGAACGGAGACGAAUAUGUUUCCAAAAGAAAUGAAUUUACGAUCGCUUGUCGAACUUCAAGUUCCACAUCCUGAAUGGGGUGAAUUUGCAAAUCGUGUACUCGAAUGGGGUCCAAAUCCUCGUAAUGGUAAUAAAUCCGAUCAAGCCCAUCCACCGAUUCAUCCAACUAAAUUUGUGUCGACUUUACAUGGCGAUGAGAAAAGAAUUUAUGAACUUAUCGUGAGACAUUUUCUUGCUUGUGUUAGUCGUGAUGCUGUCGGUUCAGAGACAAUCGUUAAUGCAAUCAUCGGCAAUGAAGAAUUCAAUGCAACUGGUUUAAUAAUCUUGGAGAGAAAUUAUCUUGAUGUUUAUCCUUAUGACCGCUGGACUGGUAAAGAAAUUCAUCAUUACGAACUUGGACAGAUUUUCACUCCAACCGAACUUUGUUUGCAUGAAGGAAAAACGAAUCCGCCAGCAAUGUUGACAGAAGCUGAUUUAAUUGCUCUUAUGGAAAAGCAUGGAAUUGGAACUGACGCGACUCAUGCUGAACAUAUUUCAACAAUCAAAGAACGAGGAUACAUUGGUGAGUUAGAUCAAGGACAUCUUGUUCCUGGCACACUCGGAAUGGGACUUGUGGAAGGUUAUGAGUUGAUGGAACUUCAACUUGCACAACCGAAACUUCGUGCUGCUCUUGAAGAAGAUCUUAAAGCAAUUUGUAAUGGAUUGAAGAAUCCUAGAGAUGUUCUUGCUGAACAGAUACGGAAAUAUAAAGAAUGUUAUGAAAUCAUUACUAGAAAUGCUCAAUCAUUGGAUCAAGCACUUGGACAGAGAUUCGGUCAACAACCGCAACAAGCUAAUGUUGAUGCCAUCCCAGCAUUUCCAGUUAUAAAAGAAAUUUUCAAAUGUCCGAAAUGUCAGAAUCAUUCAAUGAUCAUUCGACAGAAGAAAGACAGCAGCGAGUAUUUCCUAUCAUGCCAAGGAUAUCCAAAUUGUCGUAAUGCUGUUUGGUUUGAUAGCAGAAUUAAAGAAAUUUCAUGCAUUGAUGAGAUUUGCACAAAUUGUCGUGGUGAGAAAAAGAAAAUUAAAUUAAAAUUUAAUCAAAUUUCAAUGCUUGGAAUGAUGAAUGAAGUUCAAGCUUAUUCGAGAAUCGAAGCGCCUUUUUACGUCACUUGCUUAGCUUGUGAUGAUCAUCUUCGAAGUGUUUUAAACAUUCCAACAGAAAAUGUUAAAGUUUUGGGUGGAAUUGUUGGCGCUUCAUCAAGUGCUGUUCAUCAAAAUCAAAGAAAUCCGCAAAUUCCACCUUCACGUGACUUUGGAACGUUUUCAAAUCCAGGAAAUUCUUCAAAUCAGAGACGUGGAUGGUUUCAUGAUAAUAAUGAUGACGAUGAUCGACCGACAGGUGGUGGAGCGAUAAUGAAUGGAAAUAACAACAACAGAAAUGCCAACCAACAACCGAAAGUUAAUUUAAGUAAACUUCCAAAUUUAAAUUGCAACUGCAAUAAACUUGCGAGCAAAUUUGUUGCAAAACAAGGCGCUAACGCUGGUCGACCUUUCUACACAUGUGGAUCAAGAUUGUGCAGGUUUUUCCAAUGGGCAGACGUUCCUUUACAAAGAAAUAAUCAACAAAAUGUUACGAUCAAUGACAAUGGAAAUGGAGGAAGACGUAAAUGUAGCGUGUGCAGACAAGAAGGUCACAACAGGAAAAAUUGUCCAAACAUUCCCCACCUUUAAGGGAAACUUUUUGAACAAAUAAAAAAAUUUAUUUUCUAUUUCAUUA